AUGGACGCUGGUUUGGCAGCAGCAAGACAGCAGCAGCAGCAACGGCCUGGCGCAGGGGUUUCUGCUAUGGCCCAGCGGAGAAAUGAGCUGCUACACAGUGAUAUCGGUAACAUUGACAUAACAAAGGAAAACCCUAUAAAGAAGGAAAACGUUCAGCCUCCUGUUCCGGUGCAGCAACAGUACCAGCAACAAUACCAGUACCAGUACCCACAGCAGCAGCAACAGCAGCAGCAACAGUAUCAGCAGUACCCGGGCCAAUAUAUUCCCCAGGGUCCUCCAGUGUCUGGUGGUGGUGGUAAAUAUGGGAUGGAUAACGAGCGGAAAUCUUCGAUGAUGUCUACGUCUUCAACAAGCUUUUCGAACUUCUUUAAAGGGAAGAACAAGAAGAAUAAACGGAACAGCCGUAGCCAGGAGGCAUUUGACGAUCGAGAUGAUGAUGGUGCAGAUGUGGUUCUGCCGGAAAACAAUGGUUCUUUUCUUACGUUCAAUGAUAUAUCUUCCAUGAGAAACAAUGGAGGGCACGCAUAUGGAUAUGGCGGUCACAUGGACGACACCUCGCCCAUCAUACCUACUCUGGUGACUUCUGGCGGGAAUGCGUCGUCUAUGAACAAUGUGGAGUAUAGGAAACAUAUGGUGAACCAGAAGAAGAUGGCGCUGAACUCAUUGGCCAAGCAGCAGGCUCCUCCGGGAGUUCCCGGUGGGCCCAGAGCGAUGUCUCUUCAGACGUACCACCAACGGCCGAUGGUAAGGCCUGGACCAGGUGCAGGACCUGGACCUGGACCCAGGGGUCCUCCAGGUGGGAUGCCUAGGGGACCUCCAGGGCCUGGUGGAGCCGCCAGGGUCGGAAGUAUGCCCAUGCCUAAUGGAAGCAGGUUGAACUCUUUGCAAGGCGGAGGCGCACCACCGCCUCGUAUGAUGGGUCGUCCCGGCCCGGGCCCUGGAUACAACAACAACAACUCACCACAUUAUCAAUACCCUCAGGGGCCCCAGGGGCCCGGAAUGGGUCCUGGACCUGGUCCAGAUCCAAGAACCAUGUCCUUGACUACAGAUAGACGGCCAAUGGGCCCCAUGGGUUCCAUGGGACCCAUGGGACAUCCAAACGGUUAUGGUCCGCUACCACCUCCACAAGGUGGUCCCAGGAAUGGUUUCGGCCCGCGCGCUCAAAGAGGCCCUCCACAAUCCGGUCCAAGGGCUAUGUCACUACAAUCCCAAUCAGUCCCUCGUCCCUUCUACAGCGCACCAACUGCAUCUCAGGAUAAUGUCCUAAACCGGAAACAAGUGCCGCCUCCAGUUGCUGCUGCUGCUAGACCUUUGGCACCUCCACAACAACUCCCUUCAAACACCAACGGUAAAGGUACCUCGAACUCGUCCUCAGGCUCGUAUGCAAGCACUAACAGCGUUAUCUCGGGCAGAGUCUCGGAAAAUAGCUCACCAACAACACCAUCGAACGCAUCAUCUGAGGAACAAAACCAAAUUCCAACCCUCCCAAGAUCUCCUCUCAAGUACGAAUUGCAUGCAUCGGUUGCUGAUGAUGACGUCUCUGGUUCGCAUGCAUACCAAAAUCGUGCGUUGCACAGUUUCAACGAGGACGAAGAAGACGAGGAUCAACAGACGUUUAUCGCUAAAAAAGACCUCUCGCAAGCUGAAACUCCCCGCAAUGCUUCAGAUGCAGAUUCUUUGAUCAAACUGAACAUCCUGACGUUGAGCAAACCUGCAAGACAGGUCAUGGAUCUCGACGACCAGAAUGGGCCAAACAGACACGAACACGAACACGAAUACGAACACGCGACGCAACUGGAAACACCACUUUCGGAAACAAAGAGUAAUCAUUCAGAAACGUCUAAUUAUAAUAUAAACCUGAAACCCUCAUCGGCGUUGGUUGAAGGUGUUCAUACGGACGCAGACUCCUUAUUCCAAUUUGAAAAGGUUGAACAUGACCCGCCAGCACACACUCGGAUCGCUAGUGAGAACCCAUACAAUGACAUUGAAAGUGAAAUAAACGGUGAAAUUCAAGAUAUUGGUGGUGGAGCGACUGCCUCAAUGGGAAGGGUGGCUACUUCGAAAAGUGGCAGCAGUGAUUUCGUUGAUAAUACCUCCGAAUUCGAUAAAAGUUCAAGAAGGUCCAGCAGCAACUUCCAAAAGGCUAAAAAUUUCCUGCUAAAAAUCAAGGGCAAUAAGGGCCACGAACGCAAAACAUCCGCAAUUAUCCCUGCAUCGAGCCGGAGCUCCAUUAUUCUAGAUGACGCCAGCCUCACCAAUGACACGUUCAAGGCAAAAACUUCGUCAGCAUCAAGCGAUAAGCGCAGAAGGUCGUAUCACUCUUUGUUCUCUUCCUCGUCGCUAUCAGCAGGUAACCCCGUUGAAAAGGAGAACAAUGUUACCACCAGCGCAGCUGCGGCUGCGGCUGCGGCUGCCAUGGAAAGACCUACAAGAUCCUCCAGGUCUAGCACUUCAAUGCAACUGCGGAAGUCCUUGAUCAUUAGCGAAAGCACCCAGAUCCAAGAAGAACCUGAAGAAGAAUCACCAUCACAACAAUCCCUACAGGGCGCAGUCCCAUAUACCCCAUCCUAUGCAUCAGUGGCCGAUCCAAAACAGCGUGUUCUAAUCACACCAGAGCAUAUCAACCUUUUGAAACAAAACUCUUCGCUAAUCCAAGAACUACAACUAGUAUCUACCGAAUUGGCAGAGUCCAUUGCAAGAGAAACAAGACUAGAAAGCGAACUCGAAUCCAGAAGAAACCUGGCUGAACCAGAAUCCCCCUCCGGACUCUCCUUCAUCGACUUCGAAACAGAACUAAGGAAAAAAUCAUCAAAAAUCGUCGAGCUAAUACAACAGCUUAACGAAGAAAGACUAAAACGUUUCAUCGCAGAAGAACAAAACUUGCUCUACCAACACGGAAUCAAGCCAGCUCCAGCAGAAUUGUCUCUAAAAAUCACAGAACUAAAAAUGCAACUCGAUUCAAAGGACCAGCAGCUCCAGUCAUUACAAACACAACUACAAGACCUUACGUUCACAUCUUGA